GUUUGAGAACACGGCCAGGCCCGGGAAGCACCAGGCCGUGGCGCUGAGGGUGGGGUCGGACCGGUCGGUUUUCUACCGGUGCAGCUUCAAGGGCUACCAAGACACGCUCUACACCCUCUCGCUCCGGCAGUUCUAUCGGAGCUGCCACGUGUACGGCACAGUGGACUUCAUAUUCGGCGACGCGGUGGCGGUGCUGGAGGACUGCGACAUCCUCGUGCGUCGGCCGAUGGACCACCAGUCCAACUUCAUCACGGCGCACCGGGAUCUCGGUCGUCGGCUGCCGCGUGCGGGCGGCGCCGGAUCUCCGAGGCGCGGAGGGGAGGUUCGAGACCUUUCUGGGGCGCCUUGGAAGAAAUUCUCAACUAAAAGUUGGGUAGAAUCGAUGAGAUUAUUUUAAUUUGUAUUGGCUUGAUGAUUACGUGUUGAGAUAAUCCACUACUCUCACUCUCGGCAUUUUUGGAUUAUAAAAAUAAAGCCGCUGCAUGUCAUUUCUGCUCCUUAAUCAUUCUCGCAUCACCGCCAAAAAGGUGGUACCAGAAACCUCUCCCCUUCACUCACAACACACACUGAUCUGCCGCCAUUUCUCGCCCUCGAUCGAUUCAAUUUCUAUCUGUCGAUCCUGGAUUUUACGAUUUCUGUGUUUAAUUCACUCCAUUGGGUGUCUAAUUCUGGUACUAAGGUUUGUUUUGGGUUUUGAUUUGACCUCGCUUUUUAAGUAGAAUUUGAUUGCUUUAAUAUGUGUGUUUUGUGAUGGUUGAAGUGAAUAAAUAAAGCUAGAGCGAUUAAAGGAAUCGCAUAUGUGGAAUUAGAGUUACUGAUUCGUGUAAAAGGUUGCAUUCAUCUGAGGCACUCUAAUGUUUUAGCUGUACUCUUCGGGUGGAUUACUCUCCGAUUUGAAGGAUCUUAGUAAAAAUAUUUGAACUGAGCAUAUUUUUUAUGUUAUGUGGUUGUUUGUUUGGACAGAAAUUGUGAAAUCCAUUACCUGGAAAGAUGAAAAACGUUGGAAGGAUGGGAAUCCAUUACCUGCAGAGGCUGAAUGCCGAAAAUGUUCCAAAGGACUUGAUAGAGAAAGCCCAGGUUCGUGUUAUUGAGGCAUCCCUGACACUCAUCCGCGAGAGGGCGAAGCUCAAGGGGGAACUUCUACAAGCUUUGGGAGGUGUGGCGGCUUCAGCAUCUCUUCUCGGAGUUCCCUUAGGACACAACUCUUCCUUUCUCCAGGGUCCUGCAUUUGCACCACCACGUAUAAGAGAAGCCAUUUGGUGUGGGAGCACAAAUUCCACCACAGAAGAAGGUAAAGAUCUUAAUGAUCCAAGGGUCCUGACAGAUGUUGGUGAUGUUCCAGUUCAGGAGUUACGAGAUUGUGGAGUUGAUGAUGAUAGAUUGAUGAAUAUAAUAAGUGAAUCUGUGAAGUUAGUGAUGGAAGAAGACCCAUUGCGGCCUUUGGUGCUAGGAGGUGAUCACUCUAUUUCAUUUCCUUCUGUGAGAGCCGUAUCUGAGAAGCUUGGAGGGCCUGUUGAUAUUCUUCACCUGGAUGCUCAUCCUGAUAUUUAUGAUGCUUUCGAGGGGAAUAAAUAUUCUCACGCAUCUUCUUUUGCUAGAAUCAUGGAGGGUGGUUAUGCUCGGCGAUUGUUGCAGGUUGGAAUCAGAUCAAUUACAAAGGAGGGCCGGGAACAGGGGAAGCAUUUUGGUGUAGAGCAAUAUGAAAUGCGGACAUUUUCAAGGGAUCGGAACCUACUCGAGAAUCUGGUCUAUCUUUCUCCCCCCCCCCCUCCCACCCAACACCCACCUUACAGUCUUUUGUGUUACUCUGUUUUCCUCUCGCUGUCAAUAUCUCAAAAUUUGAGGAUUAUCAAUCUGAAACGAGUGUGAACAAUAAAUGAGUACAUGUCAAUCAUUGUGUACAAUAUGCAGUUUUUCAAUGUCUUUUGAACUUUUGAAUUUAUUUCUGAGGCUUGAGCUCUGAUUACCAUGUUAGGUAUAGUACUACCAGUAAUCAAGUUUUGAUUAUUAAUCUGUCGCAAAAAUGAGAGUUAUAAACAAUAUCAAAGAAUCAAAUUUGUUCUUGCCAGCAAUUGUGUAUAUUUCUGUCGAUUUGGACUGUAUGGAUCCAGCAUUUGCACCAGGAGUUUCUCACAUUGAGCCAGGAGGCCUCUCUUUUCGGGAUGUUCUCAACAUUCUUCAAAACCUUAAAGGUGAUGUGGUUGCUGCUGAUGUUGUGGAGUUCAAUCCACAGCGAGACACUGUUGAUGGGAUGACUGCGAUGGUUGCUGCAAAGCUAGUACGAGAACUGACUGCAAGGAUAUCAAAAUGACCGGGAUAUUGGAUCAGCCUGAAUAAGCACAUCGUAUGCGAUGUUGGUUGUGGUGCUACAGCACUUGGCCAAAAAAUUAGUUCUCCCGGUCAAGCCUGAACUAUAUCGAGGUGCAUAGGCUCCAUGGCUACAUGGUCAUGCCUUGUACUGACUGCGUCUUUUUAGACAGACUUUUAGUUGCGAAAUGGAGAAUAGAGUAACAGUUGAGACUUCCAUUAAAAUAUAUGUAUGCACUGUUUGAAUGCAACUGUUGAUUUGUUGAACGUGGUAGUGUUUUGGAUUAUGAUCGGAUCUUUAGAAUUGAAACAUUGGUGAUUUGUUUCCAUGUUAUUGAAUUGAAACACUGAUGAUUUGUUUA